AUGCCACAAAAUUCAAUGUUCUCAUCGAUGCCGAAUCGAAAGGUGGUCGUCGCCGCCGCUUGCACGCUUCCCGCCGACUCAUUAUUCGCUGUUCUUCUAUAUUUGGUCUAUCCAGAUUCAUUCUUGCCUUCCACAUUGUUUAUUGCCAAUUUCUCGCUCGUCCUGCUUGCAUUGAUCGGAAUCAAUUCAAGGAUCUCGUCGAUGAUUUUGCCUGCAUUGGUUUGGAAGUGUAUUCUUCUAUUGUUUCUCUUGUUUCUUGGGUGUAUCUCGGUCGACGCUUAUCAACAAAUACCAGUUGAGAACAAUGAAACCAACAGAUUGGAGAUUCACAGUAGUCGGUCGAUCGCAAUAUGGAAGGAAUUGGCAAUGAGAUAUCCGCUUUUGCCAUUGAUCGCUGUCAUCUGCACAAUCGUAUUGGCUUUAGAAGCAAGAAUAUUCUUCACCGCCUGGCAAAAGAUUUGCUGUCCGUUGGUAAACAGCGAAGAAGAUUUGGAGAAGGCGCCGCCAUCGUAUGUCUCUUGUGUUCGCGAGACAGCCAGCGAAAAGGAUCUUCCGAGUUACGAAGACGCGCUGAGAAGAGUGGCAGCGACUAGCAGCUCGUCGACAAUCAUCUACACGCUACCGGACGCACAAACGGAUCUCAAGAAGCAUCCGCCGCAGAAUCCCGUAAUAGUUGUUUAG